GUAAAAAAUAAAAAGAAAGAACACUGAAAUUCCAAUUCGGAAGCCCCUCGUCGUCACUGUCUGUCAGUUUUCUCAGCAAUUCAAAUUCUCAGCUUUUCUAGGGUUUCUCUCACCUCCCACCUACUAAUAAUUUUGCAAGUUGCGGUUGGGAAUGGACGGCGAGGAGUUGACUGAGCAGGAGACUGCUCUUUACGAUCGCCAGAUUAGGGUUUGGGGUGCUGGUGCCCAAAGAAGACUUAGCAAAGCUCAUGUAUUAGUCUGUGGAAUUACUGGAACUGUUGCAGAGUUUUGUAAGAACAUUGUACUAGCCGGAGUUGGUAGUUUGACACUGGUGGAUGAUCGGGUAGUGACAGAAGACGCGCUGUCUGCCAACUUUCUGAUCCCUUCUGAUGAAAAUGUGUAUGCUGGGAAAACUUUGACUGAACUUUGCCGUGAUUCUCUGAAAGAUUUCAAUCCGAUGGUUCGUGUUUCUGUAGAAAAAGGUGACUUAGCAAGCUUUGGGGCAGAGUUCUAUAGCAAAUUUGAUGUCGUCGUUGUCAGCUGUUGCUCCUUUACAACUAAAAAAUUGAUCAAUGAAAAAUGCCGAAAGUCUUCAAAGCGUGUAGCAUUUUAUACUGUUGAUUGUAGAGACUCCUGUGGUGAAAUAUUUGUUGAUCUGCAACACCAUAAAUAUUCGAAAAUAAAAAACGAGGAAACAAUCGAAUGUGAACUACAGUAUCCAAGCUUUGAGGAAUCAAUUUCAGUACCUUGGAAAUCAUUUCCCAGGAGAUUCUCAAAACUAUACUUUGCCAUGCGAGCAAUAGAAAGGUUUGAAGAAGCCGAGCAACGUAAACCUGGAGAGUUAUCAAUUGCAGAUCUUCCUGCUGUUCUGAAGUUGAAAAAAGAACUCUGUGAAGCACAGUCAGUGAAUGAGUCUCAUAUUCCAAAUGCGCUCCUGGAAAGAUUGGUGACAGAUACAAGAGAGUUUCCUCCAGUUUGCCCCAUCAUUGGAGGGAUUCUUGGGCAGGAGGUUAUUAAGACAAUAUCAGAGAAAGGAGACCCUGUCAAGAAUUUCUUCUUCUUCGAUGCUAUGGAUGGAAAGGGUGUAAUCGAGGACAUAUCAGGGAACCCUUGAAGCCGAGCAGCCUUGCAGAGGAAAAAGCUUUGAUAUUUCGAAGAAUUUGGGAAGCACGAGACUACCCAGUCGCAACCAUGCUUGUUCGUGAUAGAAUUUUAGAAGAGAUGACCCCUUUUCAUGGAUCCUAAUCUUGCUUAUAGCGUAGCUUCAAACAAAUUCUACCGCUACAUUUAUGAUUCUAAUUCUGAUUUUACAUUUGUUCGUCAGCUUGACUUGA